AUUUCUGGAUUGAAAAUUUACCAUUGACUAGUUAAGAACUGAUAGGUGAAGAGUCAACUCCAAAGCUCAACUCACCCUAGACCCGACUCUCGACCUGAGUUGCUUUAUAUGUAUGAUGAUCGUUCAACUCAAAUCUCUACCAUUCUCAGAUGAGCAUAGCCAUAGUUAGUCUUUUAAAGUUAGUAGAAAUCAACCAAUUCAUACAACAUACCAUUCUGUCUCAUGGAGAAGCGUCAUAGCCACAGAACUUAUAUCCCUAAACCUCCUUUGUUUAUUUUCCUUCUCCACUUCCUAACCCUUCAUUCAAUCUCCUCUUCAGCUUACGAAAUCCCAGACGAGUAUUUCAUCAACUGUGGCUCAAAAGAAACCGUAAACAAUGGCAGUCGGAACUUCACUGGGGACGGAAACUCUGGCUACUCAAAAACUGGUUUCUUCUUUACAAAGCACAGCAGCGCCGUUUCAAGCAAAAAUCAGCAAAAUAUAUCUAGUCUGUACAAAACAGCAAGAAUUUUCCAGGAACAAUCUUCAUAUGUGUUUAAUUUCGAAAGUGUUAGUGUCGAAGGUGUUAUUACUAUUUACCUGGUACGCCUCCAUUUCUUUGCUUUCUCUUCCCACACUGAUCUGUCUACUGCAGUUUUUGAUGUUUCGGCUUCUGGGUUCUUGUUGUUGCAUAAUUUCACUGCUCAAAGUAGUAAAAAAUCUCCAUUAAUAAAGGAAUUUUUUCUCCCAACCAACACCAGCAAGUUCCAAAUAUCUUUUACACCUAAUCAAUCAUCCUUUGCAUUUGUAAAUGCCAUAGAAGUUUUCCCUGCUCCUCCACUAAACUUUAGCCUCGGGGAAGCUAAGAGCACUAGGGGUAUUUUGAAAACUGCACCCACUACAUUUCUGCAAACAAUAUACAGGAUCGACGUUGGUGCCACAUCAAUUGUUGAUUCAGAUAAAGACCCCGUAUGGAGAAACUGGGAAACAGAUGACAGUUAUCUCUAUGGUAAAGACAAAACAUUUACUCAGACCUCUUCCGUCAUUAUUAGAUAUCAGUCGGAGGAAAUGAAGUAUGCUGCUCCACAAUGGGUCUACCAAACUGCCAGAGCAAUAAACGGAAGUUCAAACGUCACGUGGGGUUUUGUGGUUAAUAAGACUGCGAGACACCUUGUAAGAGCACACUUCUUUGACUUUGCUACUCAAGCCGCUAAUCUCCUAGCGUUCAAUGUGUACAUAAAUAGUAACAUCAGCCGAGAGAUCAAUUACACUAACUAUCUCAAGGAUUCCUCAAUCCCAUUUUACAUUGAUCUUGAAGUUGGUUCCUACGAUUCUGGAGUCAUGAACGUGAGCAUAGGCCAUACCACUCCAAAAUAUGGAGAAAAUCCCUUUCUGAAUGGGCUAGAAAUAUUCGAGAUAAUGGACGCAUUGGCUUCGAUGCCCACAGCCACAGAGGACCACUCAACCAAGACUUUAGUUGUAGGUUCAGUUCUGGGAAGUGUUGCACUUCUCUGCAUUUUGGCAACUGGGUUCUGCUUCUUUAUAAAAUGCAGAAGGCCAAACUCCAUCGAAAAUUCCAUUUGGAGACAUGCUUCAUUUGGCUGGAUAAUUUCAAGCAGAAGAUCCAGCACCACAAGACACCCUGUUCCAAAUCUAAACCUGGGACUGACAAUUUCUUUCUCUGAAAUUAAGUCAGCAACGAAGAACUUCAGUCCGAAGCAGCAAAUAGGCAAAGGUGGAUUCGGUAUCGUCUACAAGGGAACCCUUUCAGACGGCACACAAGUAGCCGUAAAGAGAAGCGCACCUGGUUCAGGCCAAGGCUUGUCUGAGUUCCAAACGGAGAUAAUGGUUCUCUCCAAAAUCCGCCAUCAACAUCUAGUUUCCUUAAUUGGGUAUUGCGAAGAAAGAUCAGAGAUGAUAUUGGUCUAUGAAUUCAUGGAAAAAGGUUCCUUAACAGACCACCUUUGCAACUCAGACUUACCUCGGUUACCAUGGAAACAAAGACUCGAAAUCUGUAUAGGCGCAGCCAGAGGCCUCAAGUACCUCCACAACGACUCACCUCAAGUAAUCAUCCACCGAGAUGUCAAGUCUACCAACAUCUUGCUAGACCAAAAUCUCGUAGCUAAAGUCGCCGACUUCGGACUCUCCAAAUCAGGUCCUCCCGAAGAAUCCCAUAUAAGCACAAAAGUAAAAGGCACUUUUGGUUAUCUUGAUCCCGAGUACUUCAAAUCCCAACAAUUGUCAGAAAAAUCUGAUGUUUACUCGUUUGGGGUUGUUCUCCUGGAGGUUCUGUGCGCAAGACCCGUCAUUGAUAACCUUCUACCAAGAGAUCAAAUCAAUUUAGCUGAAUGGGCAAAACAUUGCAAGAACAAAGGAGUAAUCGAAGAAAUCAUCGACCCUUCACUUAAGGGCCAGAUAAACCCUAAUUCUCUGAACAAAUUUAUCGAAACGGCGGAGAAAUGUCUGCAAGAUGAAGGAGCUGAUAGACCCUCCAUGGUCGACGUGAUUUGGGACCUUGAGUACGCAUUGCGGUAUCAACAAACGCCGGUGCCCAGAGAACUCCACGAAGACAGUACGAUAACGCAUUCAUUGGCGUUCGUAAUGCCUGACGUCCGGCGUUUACCGUCACUGGAUUCCACCAUCGACAUUGACGAUGACACCACGACUCUGAGCGAAAAUUUGUCGGAGUUGACAGCUGGUGAAUCGUUCCCCCAAAUGAGGACUGAGAAUUCCGCUCGAUAACGAAAAAUUAGGGUUUGUAUGGAUAAUGUGAAAUGUAUUGAAUUGUAUUAUCUUUUUCUUGAACGAAAUGCUUUGCAAUGGAUUAAGAACUCUGUUCUGAUACCGGUAUUUAUAUACACUGUAGUCUUCGAUUCCUUUCCCUCUGAAACUCCAUGAAUAGCAAUAGGGAGUAAUAUUGGGCUGGGCCUAAAAAUGGGCCUGUAUAGGCCUGGGCCUAGUGGUUUCGCAAGAGACCGGAUGGAGUUGGCUCUAAUUUAAGUCCACAAGUAACUUGUUACUUAGGGAGUGGUUGGUUUAUGCUAUUAUAUACAAUUUUAAGUUGGGGAUU